UCGCCACCAGUCCCGCCCUCAGCCUCAGCACCCCCCCUGCCCACGGAACGUUACCCAAACGGUACUCGCUUAACGAUUUUCGAUAUAAUUUUCGAUACAUCGACAUCGAUUAAAGCCCUGUUGUGCUUUUUUUGUGCGUUCUUUUUUAUUUUUCGUGAAUAUUUUUUAAUGUUUUUAUUGCUUGAACUCUAAUUAAUCAACCCUACAAAAAUAAACAACCAACGGAUCAAACCGCAAUCAAUCAAUCGUCAAUCAAACAGACAGAGAGAGAGAGAUAGAGAGAGAGAGGGAAAGAGGAAAGCAAACACUUUGCAUGCGAUAAAAACCGCGCACAAGUCGCUGACAAAGCCGCACGUCCACCGCCGUCGCUGUCCGAAGGAGAGCCCAGAGACACAGACCGAAACCCGGGCAACCUGAUCUUUCUGUAAAUUAAACUAUUCACAGAUUAAAUAUUUGCCAAGCGAAUCGCAUAUCCACACAAGCAAACACACAGAUAAAGAAAAAAAAUGUGCAUUUAAUUGUUGUUUUCCACGCGUCUUUUGUCGCCAUCUCGCUCCGCGUUUCCAUCUCAAGUUACGAAAGCCGCCACCUCGAAGUCGACAUCUCUGAUAAGCAGCACAGCAGCCACAGCAACAGCAGCAGAAGCAACAACAAGCAGAAGCAGCAGAGCAGCAGAUAUUUUUGAGAUGGAGUUGGAAUGCGAUUUGGGUGCUAUACAAAAUGAGGAAUUGCUGAGGAAAAUGUGGCAGCAGUCCGAGGACAGCGAACGCAAGAAGCAGAUCCGAUCGCAUCUCUACAAGCUGCGAGAGUCGCGUCUCUGCAAUCUCUACAGGCACGAAGCGGACCCAAUGGCGGAGCCCCAGGGAAACGGUAAUGGUAAUGGAACGUCGUCGCUGACUGGAUUCGGGGCCAAGGAUCCCCUGGCCACAAGCCACGGAGACGCGCUGCUGGACCAGAAUUUCCAGAGCCUCAAGUCCAAGGAGGUGCGCGACUCGAUGAGCCCCACCCAUGAGCUCAAGUUCCAUUCAAUGACCCUCACGCAGCCGAGCAGCACGGGCUGGGAUGUGCAGACCUCCUCGGAGGUCAGUCCCGAUGGCAGGGCCUUCCGCACGGAAACUCUGGCCAAGACAGAUGGCAUUGAGAAGCUCAAUGGUGGCGGCCUGGCUGAGUUUAAGGGAAGGAACGAGCAGAGCUCGAGUGCCUCGCACCAGGGGGAUGACCAGAACUACGUGAAGAAGGCCUCGGAGAGCACCAACACCCAGCUGCAGGAGAAGGUGGUGUUCGGCGAUGAGAAUAGCGGACGCACCGAGAUGAAGGUGAGCUCCACCUCCACCUCGUCCUCGUCCACCAAGAAGGUGGUGUCAUCAUCCUCCUCGAAGGUGGACUUCGGGGAUGAGCCCGCCCAGCCGCGUUACCUGAUGGAUGACCAGGAGAAGGUGUACCAGCAGCAACAUCAGCAGCAGCAACAGCGUGAGCAGCGCGAGUGGGAGGAGCAAUGCCGCAUCCAGGAGAAACGCGUCCAGGAGCAACGCAUCCUGGAGCAACGCAUCCUCCAGGAGCAACAGCAGCGCCAACAGCAGGAGGAGCGCUACUCGGAGAGUCGCGAACAGAGCAACAGCACCAGGAACGUCCAGACCCAGCAGCACUACGAGGAGAACAAGCGGUAUGUGGACAUGGACAAGGCCUCGCCCGAGUAUCAGCGCCACGUCCAGCAUUUGAUGUCCCAGCCCGGCGAGAUCAUCUCCAAUACGGUGGAGUACCCCAAGCCCAAUGUAAAGAUGAUCACCACGGUGAAGCGCCUGCCCGAUGGCACCAUUGUCAAGAACAAGCGCUACGAGACCGAACAGGUAAAUCCACAAACUCAGCGCCAAACUCAGAGCCAGACUCAGACCCAGACCCAGAGCCAGACCCAGCGACGUACCCAGGAUGUGCAUGACAGCCAUAUCCGUAAUCAGAACCAGAACCAGAGCCAGCCUCGGGAUGUGGUGGACAAUGCAGAGCCACUGGGACGUCGUCCUGGGCAACAACAACAGCCGGUGGAUCAAGAGCAGCUGACUCAGUCGCAGAGCUUCUCCUCUGUGAAGAAAUCGAGUCGCCGCUUCUCCACGGAAACCACCUCGGAGACCGUCGAGGAGUUUGAUGAUCGCGGACAACCCAUCACCAGCUCUCCCGCAGUCCGUCCCACUGCUCAGUCUCCGCGCCAGCCGGCGGCUCCUCCAACCAGUGACUUCUCCACUCACGGAUUCCCCUCGGUCCGUCCAAACAAGCCCACGCAGGAGUUCUCCAGCCAGAGGCCAUCGAAAGAGGAGGAGGAGGUGGUGGUGGUCAAGUCGGAGAAGAGCCGCAAUGUCAAGCAGAGCACCAGCUCUCAGCGCACCAUCGAAACGGAGAUUGUGGGAGAUGAUCAGCAUCAGCCCCAUCAUCGUCCGCAAAGUCAGCCCCAGAUAGCAGCCCCUACUCCCAGCUGGGAGCAGCCGGCAAGUCCCAGGCGUCAGCCUGUGGAUGACUACAGCACCCAUGGCUUCCCCUCGGUGCGCUCCCGACCAGAUCAGCCGGAUGGUGAGGUGAUUGUCACGUCGAAGUCGGUGAGCCGCAACCAGAGCGCCAGCCACAAGUCGCAGACGGAGCGCAUCAUCGAGACGCAGGUGGAUCAGGACUAUCCAAAGGCCCCCCACAGCCACACCCACACCCACUCCAUUACUACCCACUCGCAUUCACCCCAAUCUACUGGCCAACCGGUCAGUCCACGCCGAACCCAUCCGAGCACCCAUGGCUUCCCCUCGGCCCGAUCUCCCACACGGCCCACGCCCGACUCUGCAGCGCGUCGCCCCACCGCAGGCGCUCGUCCUGGAACUAGACCUGGAAACGCCCCGAACAGCUCAGACACCACGACCACAACCACGACCGUAACGCGUCGCCAGCUGCAGAAGGAGCGCGAAGUGGACGCCGCCCAUCGGGCUUUCGCAGCAUCGCUGCGCAGCAGUUCGCCGGCGGAUAGCACCACUUCGGUGGGAUCGCACCACCAUCAGACGCCACGUUCGAGCAUCUCCUCGACCCGCACCUACCGCCGAGAGGGGCGCGAGGGCUCGCAUGACAGCCAGGCGCCCUCGGAGUCGAGUCGCAUUAGCACCACAACGGUGACAAGGCAGACGGCGGGUGGAUCAGCACCAGCCACUCCCAAGACUGUGGCCAAAACGCCGCCGCCGCAGCAACAGGUGGUUAAGCAGCAGCAGGUUACUACCAAGACGAUCAGCAACGAACCCAAGUCGCCCACUCAAAAGGCGGCAACGACCACUGUAACGACCACGACAACCAGCACCACCAAGACAGGUGGUGGUGGCGGUCCAUCCUCUCCGACAGCAGCAGUAGCCCCACCAUCUCCGACUCCAGCAGCAGCUCCAGCCAGUCCCGCUCCAGUUCCAGAUAACAAGCUAUCACAGUAUACGUAUACUACCACUAAGCCUGGCGACAUAUUCUCUCUGCCACCAACUCCAACUCCAACUACUCCUCCUACUAUUAACAACGAACCAACAACACUAACCACCAAUAAAGACAACACCACAGCCACAGCAGGCAGUGGCACAGGCACAGGCACCACUACAACCACCACAGCAAUCCCUACAGCAACAAGAACCAUCUUAAGCGACAGCCAAGAACAAGAACCCAUCCGAAAGGUAAAGGUGAUCGCAAACGAAGCGCAUGAAACGGUGGCAGUGGCGGUGGCAGAACCGCCUUGUGUGAAGCGUCUAUACUAUCAGCUGGGACCCGAAACCCUCAGCGAGGGGGAACCCGUGCCCCGUCCCUCAGAGAGCGUUGCCACCAAGCAGAAAGCGCCACCCAAGAUGCGAAACCAGCCGAACCACAAUCGAAACUACGACGAUGAUCAGAAUGAGCCCGAACACGAACCCAAACCCCUUGCCAGUUCCAGGGGCAGUUCGAAGUCGCCGAGCGUCGAACGCCGACCGGUCUUCAGGGAAACCACGUUCGAGGGCAGACGUAUCUCCCAGCCAGAGGAGGAUGUCCUGCUCAUUGAGGAGCAGAUCCUUAUCGAUGAGACCUUGAUUCAGUCACAGCCCAAGCCCAAGCCCAACCAAAGCAGCCCCGAGCCGAGAUUUCCCAGAUCCAGGGCUCAGAGUCCCGAGAAACCGCGGGUUUCUCCACGACAGAGCCCCGAAAAACAUCCGCAGCACCCGCUGUCAGGAACUCGUCGUCCAAGCGCCGAGAAACAGCUGCCGGCCAAGGAGAGCCCGCAGAAACCAGCGGCGGCGACAACGGCGCCACGGCAGGGCAGUCCCGAGAAGCAGCUGCCCAGCAAGUAUCCGACUCCCACUACCAUGGGGCGUCCCAAAAGCCCUAAGAAAGCGGAGCUGGAGAGGGCUCAGAGUCCAGAGAAAGAGCCUGGAUUGCCUAGAAGAUCUUUCCAGUUGCCCAAAGACAGCAGCCCCUCCCAGAAAACAGCACCCGAAUGGCAGAGUCUGCCAAAGGCUCAGACUGCCUCAGAGCCGGGACUGCCAACAAGUCCUCAGAGGGCCCAGAGUCCAGGGAAGGAACCAGCUUUCUCCAGGGGAUCACCCCGACAGAGUCCCGAAAAGGAGAGCCCGAGUCCCAGGUCUCUAACCCCAACCAAUCCAUCAAUUCAGCAGAAACGAGAGGAGGAUCUCUUCCGCAGCACGAUCACUACCACUCAGACACGAACAACGAAGAAGAAUCUUAACGAUGAAUUUCUAACGAACGAACGCCAGAGCCAGCCCCAAAACGAAAAGGAAACCCAACCGCAACAGCUACCGCAAACCCAACCCGAAGAAGCCAUAGAAAGUCCAGAUGGUGGUUUAUUCUCCAAAGGAGGCGACUCCGAGCCCGAGCCAGUGGAGGAGGGAGCGGCACCUACUUAUCGCAAAAAGGGUUUGAGCCGUCGCGAGACUUUCGAGGAUCGUUGUCGCAAGAUCCUGGGCAUGGAGGAGGAUGGGGAUACCCAGGGAAGCUACAUAACGCGACCCAACGAUGAUGACGGUGAUGAUGAUGAUGAUGAUGAUGCAGAUCAGAAUCAGGAAGAGGAGGAUGAGCAGAAGAUAAGGCAAACGACCACAACAAAGACGGAGACCAUUGAGGUAAAGAUCGAAGACUGCCUCGAUGACGAUGAUGAUGAUAAUGAUCAGCCAUCGCGUCGUGUCACCGAGACCUUUGUGGUGCACACCCAGCCGAAAAUCAAGGUAGAGGAGGCCCAGCCGCAGCAAGAGCUCAGUGAGCUCUUUGUGGAUGUGGAGGAGCCCUCAAAGGAGGAGGAGGAUCUGCCCAGGAAUCCCAAAGGGGACGCCGAGGCCAUCAAUGUGAAUGAGGAGACGACGAUUUUUAUUACCAAGCGACCCUCAAAAUCACCCUCGCCUUUGCCCAAGACUACCCUGAAAUCCGCCUCCAAAUCUCCAUCGCCUUCUCCUUCGCCAUCUUCGAUUCCCAUUUUCGAGCCAGAACCAGAGACGACGAGCUUCAUCACCGAGAAGACCAUUGAUUGCCAGAGUAAGACCAUCAAAAAGUCACUACCAGAAGGAGGCUGCACCACCAAGAAGUCUCCCCUCAAGAAAGUGGAACCCCAAGAGGAGCUACCCAAGAAACGGCCAAGUGUAACUACGAACACAAAAACCGAAACCGAACGUCGCCAUUCACGCACCUCCUCCUCCAAGCAGGCACCCAACCCACACCCAAAGGCUACCGCCCCGAAGAGUCCCAGAAAGGAGUCCCUGACGGGUCGAAAGCCGGAGUCAGCUCCGGCCAAGCGUGACAGUGUGGUGGAGGAGACACGCACCAACACCACCACUACCACUACGACGAAAACAGGACGAAAGCCCAGCGAUGCCAGUCCCAGUCCCAGUGCCAGCACAUCACCAUCAAUCAAGGAUCGCCUGCGCUCUUCGCCACGUAAGCAGCAGCCCCAGUCCCAACCUCAGAGCCAGAACAAGACACCAAUAAAAGUGGAUCAUGUGGAUGGGGACACCACCACCUCCCCAGAUGUGAGUCCAACGCGGGGAGAGCGUCGUCGGUCGAGUAACAUUUCCGUGCACACGGAGAUCAUCAUUGAUCACACGGCCCCGAAGUCGCCCCGGACCGAGCGUAGGCCCCAGCUGAUAGCCGCCUUGAGCCCUGCCGCCGCAAGGAAGUUGCCGGUGACCGAGCGCAAGGAUUCGGCACCCGUGCCACGGGUGACGCGACGCGAUAAGGCCGACAAGGUGAUGCGCUCCACUAGUGAGAACAUCAUCAAGGUGGUCAACGGGCAGAAGAACCCCAUCGCGAAGAACCCAUCCAAGCAGCAGCCCGAGAUGAGCAGCCUGAGGCCCGUGGAACGUGGCAGCCGACCCAGCAAGUGCUUCACCACCAAGACCAUCAAUCUGAGCGAACAGCUGCUGGUCAAUAGCGAAGACAUGAUCAUCGACAUCCAGCAGGCAAAGAGCUCUAGGGAACCGUCGCCGGAUCGCAUCGUACCCACGCCGGUGAACGCCGCGAUGGACAAGGACACGGGCAAGCCGCGUUAUCCCGAUGUGGUCCAGGAGCCGGACGAUGAGCCGCGCAAGAAGCCGCAGGUUACCAACAUACCCAUCUUCGAGGAGGCGGCCAAUGCCUAUGUUGGCUGUCAGAUCUCGGAGCUGCGCAACUCCAAUGGCCUGGACGAUGACAUACUCGACAAUCCCAUGGUAGAGGCGCCCCAGAGCCUGGACUAUCCCACAACCAGCAGCCCCGGCACCAGUACCGACCAGUCCCAUCCCGUGGAGCCUGUACAGCCGCAGGACACCGACGAGUGCCUGCUUAGCGUCCACGAGAAGGUUUCUCGCUUCACCCACUCCGCCGAACAGGUGAAGCAGCCACGCAGCUCUGUCCCCUUUAGCCGGGAGUUCGACGAGAAUGCCAAGAUACCCGAGAACGAUGAGUGCCUGCUGAGCAUCAAUCAGAAGGUGGACAAGUUCUUGCGCACCGCCGAGAAUAUCACCAGGCAGCCGCUCACGCCUACCCCCAGUCGGGAGUUGGAGCGCCCGCGCCCCAGCUUCGAGGAGAUCGAUGAGGAGCUGCGACAGGAUGACUGCACCCUGAGCGUCUCUCAGAAGGUGCACAAGUUCAUUGACACCGCCGAGAAGCUGGCCCCGACAGCGCCACAAAAAUCGCCACGCCUGGUGGCCAGCAUCGAAAGACACAUCUCGCGGCAAGAUACGGACUUGGAGCAGGAAUCGGAACCGGAACUGCAGUCGGAUCGAGAGGAAGAAGAAUAUCCCAAGCAGCCCCAGGUGGAGUCGGAAGAGGAGGAACCUCUGCCCAUGACCAAGAGUCACACCACAGCCAUUGAGCUGAAGCGGCAAAAGGACAUCCUCAACCGACCAUCGGUCUUUGGACAGCCACGUGCCACAGAGGCCCUCCGUAAGCCAUCCAUCGUGUCCAAGCAGAAUGGUACCAAGCUGCGAUCGACUCCCAGCAGCACCAGCACCAGCCUGAUUACCGAAGAGCGUCGAUCGUACAGGAAUCAGACCACAACUGGUAGCACCAUCACGGGCAAGCCCAAGUCACCCCAGCAGCCGAGCAGCACCCCCAGGGGAGCCACCCCAUCGAAACCCACAACAUCUGGAGGCUCUCCAACGAAGCCCACAACAACUGGGGGUGGCUCCAAGCGUACCAUGGAGCAUGUCAGCCAGAAGCAGUGGGUAAUCAGCGAUGUUGAUGUGGACGUGGAGGUGGUGGGACCACCACCACCGAUCCACAGCAACAGCCGCAAGCCUCAGUCGCGUACCCGUUCCCGUUCCCGUUCGCCUUCUGCAUCCCCCUCACGCUCGUCGCCCUCCCCAUCAUCGUCGCCGUCUCGCUCACCCAGUAGACGCACCACUGGCACCACCAAAUCCAACUUGAACUCGACCGCCGCCAGCGUAGUUAAAACAACCACUGAGCACCACCACCAGCACCAGCACAACCACAGCAAAAGUCAAAGGCACAGCCCCAGCAGCACCACCAAGCAAAAAAGUCCAAUGCCCACUUCAAGCCCAAGCCCAAGUCCAAGCCCGACUAACCACCCAAGCAAAACCAUAGGUACAGCCACAACAGCUGAUCCCGAACCCCAUGUACACGUUGAAUCCCUUCCAGCAAUCCCAAAUGGCAGCGGGGUAGGACGCACGGUAGCCACACGCAGGAAUGUGUUCGAGAAGACACCACCACAGCAGGCAGCCCCAACAAGCACAACAGAGCCACAGCCUGGCGGGCGUCGUCCCUCGUACAUGGAUCACACCAAGAGCUCGCUGGAGCACAUAAGACGUGACUCCCUGGAGAUCAAUAAGAACAACUAUUCGCGCAAGUCCUCAGUGGAGGAUGACUCGGGCCUGGAGCCACGCAAUCCGAAUACCUCGGUGAAGUUUGAUGUGCCCAAAAAGGAGGAUAAGAUCAAGUUGAAGAUCGAUCUGGAGAUUGAGGAGAUCUUCGAUCUGCAGGUACUCGAACAGCUCCUGGAGACAGUGAGCAGCUACGAGAUGCGUCGCCGGAUACGCGCCCAGAUGCGGCUCAUCAGAAAGAACAUGAUCAAUGCGGGGAUUACCACGACAACCACUACCACUACAACGACGGUGAAGACCUCUCCCAAUGCUGCAGCCCCACUGGCAUCGCAGCAGCCGAAGAAGCAGCCCCAGCAGGAGGCGAUCCCCCCACGCGAUCGUAGUCGCAGUCCAGAGGCUAAGACCAUCAGCAGCAGCUUCAAGGGAGUGCGCACCACCAGCACCACGAGCAGCAGUUCCAGCACCAGAAGACAGCGAGGAGAGCAGGAGGUGGACAGCACCACAGGCACAGGUGGAGCAACGCCUCAGGGCAAGCCGCCGGUGAAGCCACGAGAGAGGAGCGCCAGUCCGGCCCAACGCCGUCGCAGCAGUCCCCCCGGCAAGCAGUCGUCUGUGAGCAUUGCCACAACCACCACUCGGACUUCGAACAACGGGGCUGGUCCACGUGCUGGUACACCCAGCAAACCAGCACACCAGGGACCCAUCUGGGCAGAUCGCACUAAGGUGCUCAAAGGUCACGGGCCCGUCUCGAAUGGUGGAUCCAGUCCGCGAAAGGGAUCUGCCACGAGCACCACUAGCACCAGCUCCACCGGAAAGAUGACCCGAACCCUUCAGAGCACCAGCACUAGCUCCAGCUCCACCGCCAGCUCUAGCACCAGGGCAGCCAAGCCCAAGCAGCGCGAGGAGGACUCCAUUACAUCAAGCUACGGAGUGGGACCCACGGACGAGAAUGGACUGCCCCUCUUUGGGAUAAGAGCGCUCAAGAAGAAAAGUCAGCCAGCACCGUGUGAGACCAAGCAAGAAGUCACAGGCUUUGUGAUCGAGGAGCAGUUCUACUCGGACAACAAGUCCCCGCCCCGUCACGAGCGCAAGGAGCUGAUCUACUCGAGCAAUGCGGAUGAGCUGGCUUCCAUUCAGAAACAGCUGCUGCUGGACGAUGACUACCAGCCGGAGUUGAAUACCAAGCUUGUGAGAGAGUUCAAGAAAGUCGAGUCCGAACUGCAGCCAGAGCCAGAUGGCAGAUAUGUGCGCCGUGGUUCGGUGAAGGAGCUCAGCGAGAAGUUCAUACGGAAAGAGUCCUCCUCGUCAACGCACUCUAGCACCUCUCAGUCGAUGAUGAGCAGCCGCACCGAGCAUGCGGAUGCAGAUGAGGAGGAGACCGAGGACAGCGAAUCCAAUGAGGUGUGCAGCGUCAUCGAGGCACCACAGAUGCGCCAGGGCUCAACUACCAGCAGCUUAACCACCACCCGGUCCAGCAACACGCGCUCCUUCCUCAACAGCAGCGCGGAUCAGCGGCAGGUGACCAGUGUGGACGAUGUCCUGGAGCGCAUGCGCAAUGCCGAUAAUGUGGAGGAGCCUGGCGACACAAACGAAGAUCGUGAGGCACGUGCUCUGCUCAACAAAUUCCUUGGGGCCAGUGUGAUAAUGCAGGGCGUGGAGAGCAUGCUUCCACCAACGGCUACGGGUCAGCGUCUGAAUAGCCAAGGGGUGAAAACCACACGCAUAACCAAUACCUACAGCAAAUCGGGAACUGGCAAGGUCAGCAGCAGCGCCUCCUCAGCACCAGUUACACGCACAACUUGUGACAUCGAGGAGAUACAGGACGAGCAGAUCCUAAAGCAAUUGCUGGAACAGGCCUCCACCUACGAGGAGCGUCGCAAGAUCCGUGCACGUCUACGCGAACUUAUGGCGGAACGCGAAGAGAAAAAGAACUCAGCCGCAGCCUCUAAGCCAAAGGAGGAGGCGGAGGAGGAGAGCAGUGCCAGCGAGUAUGAGGAGAUCAUCGAGGAGGUGACGGACUACAGCGACGACGACGACAACAACGAAGAGGAGACCACCAAAAAGGAGCUGCCCAAGGAGGAGAAGAAGGUAGAGAAGAAGGUAGCCUCCGCAGCCGUAGCCUACGCAGCCUCUAAGGAGAGCAAAGUCAGCGAUAGUGUCACCAAAAAGUUGGCCAAAGUAGAGCUCUCAGAGCAGUCCACAACAUCCACAACAUCCUCGACAUCCACAACAGACGGUGUCCAGACGGUGCAGCAGGGUGAGUCAGCCCUGCCAGCAACUAAAUCAGGAGCAAAAUCAGGAGCAAAAGCAGGAGCAGCCGGCAGCAGCACUAGCAGUAGUAGCAUUAGCAGUAGGAAACAGAGUAGUGGUCAGGUUAGCACAGUGGUUAGGGCCAGGGACAAAGCCAAGCCAGAGACAAUGCCAGCAGCAGCGGCAGCCCCAACAGCAGCAGCAGGAGCGGGAGCGGAAACGGGAACGGUUUCGGGAGUGAGCAGAUUGAGUGUACCCUCGAAGGAGGAUUCGGGCACGGAAAGUGGCGAGGAUCUGCGCCUGCUGGCCGCUGGACUGAGGGACACCCUACAACAGCGGAGCGGCAGCGAUGCCAGCGAGGCACAUCGCAGCCUCCUCGAGGAGGUAACGGACGCCCUCAGCCGCCUGGAGAGCUCCCUGAAGCAGGGCAAGGAGCUAGCUGUCGACGGGGGUCAGCGUCAGGCUCUCCUCGGACUCGUUGCCCGCCUCCAGAGUGGACUCAAUGCCCCGGAGAAACUGGCGGCGGCGGACAACAACAGCAGCGGCAUCUCUGAAGAGGCCUCUCCCACCCAGGAGGAUAUGGAACUGGAGCUUGGGAUGGGAAUGGAGGACCCCCGGUCCGACUGCCGGCAGUCACGGUUCGCCAAGCGACGGCAGCGCAACAGCCGCCACACGGUGGGUGUCAGCCGAGAGGAGCUGGCGGAUGCCAGGCGCUAUAUGGAGGACAUGCUGCUGCUGGAGAACAACAAGGGCUUUACACUGGAGAAAAAUGCCAGCUCGGGAUCCAUCAUACCGCCCGUUCAGCUCUACAGACCCAAUCAGUUUGUGCCGCAGCCACAGCAGCAGCAGCCUAAGCCACAGCCACCGCAGCAGCCAGUGCAGCAGAUUCCAGCCUCCCAAUCUCAGGGAUCCCAGCUGAGACCGAACAACAACAGCAGCAGCAACCACAGACGCCCUCUGUCCGGGGAUUAUGCGGUCAGCUUUGCCAGCUAUGAGGCUGCCCAAAAGGGAGGACAGCAGGAUGGAUCCAACUCCGGCUCAUCCUCUACUCGCUUCAAUGGUGCGAAAAAGCAUAUGAUGAAGCGGGCUAACACAAUCGAUAUACCCAAGGCAAAGGCUAAAUACAUUGCCGACUGUGACACGGACUCGGACCUGGAAGACGAGCACGACCAUGGUCCCCAUCUGGGGCUGAAGCGUGCUGUUCAGGUGAGCGUUAAGCGGCGCGUACAAAAUGCCGUACCACCUUUCGAGCCCAAGACGGAGAACGAUCACAAGUUCCUGGCCUUCAUCAACAAGCAGAGCCAUCAGACGGGCCUUGGCUGGGGUGGUGGUGGCGGAGGGCGCAGUGUGUCCAACUGGACGCACAAGUUCGGGAACAUCAAGCACACCUUUGAAACGGGGGCGGCGGCAACCGUGACCAAGGGUAAGCCGCCGCCAGUGCCCGGCCAUGUGCCAGGGUGGGCCAAGCAGGAGCACCAGCAUCAUCAGCAGCUUCAGCGCGAGCAAAUGCUGCGAGAGCAGAUGCAGCGAGAGCAGUACCAGCGAGAGCAGCACCAGCGAGAGCACCGGCAGAGAGAACAAAUGCAGCGAGAGCAUCGUGAUAAGAUCCAACGAGAACAGCAACAACGAGAGAAGCUUCAGCGAGAGCACAUCCAACGAGAGCAAAUACAACGAGAGCACAUUCAGCGUGAACAGAUCCAACGGGACCAGAUGCAACGAGAAAAAAUCCAACGAGAUCAGCUGCAGCUAGAACAUCUCCAACGAGAACAGCAACAGCAACAGCAACAGGCGGAAGCGACAGCCGCUGCCCAAGCCCAUUCCCAGGCCCAGGCCGAGCGUCAGCGUCGGCAGGAGAUCGAACGUCAGCUGCUCCUCGAGCAAGAGGCCAGAUACGAGCGCGAGCAGCGCGUCCGCCUGGAGCGGGAGUACUACGAGCAGCAGCUGGAACGCCAGCAGGCGGAGCGACAGCAGCAGUUGGACCGCCAGCGGCAGCAGCAAGAGCAGCUGGAGCGGCAGCGUCGCCAGGAGAUGGAGGUGCGCCUGCAGCACCAGAGGCAACAGCAGCAACAGCUGCAGCAACAGCAGCAGCAGCAACAACAGCAACAACAGCAGCCGCCCUUGAAUCACUUUAUACACGCACCGCAGUCCGUGUUCCGGCCCAUCGAUCAGGAUCCGCCAGCGGCUCCUAGCAUCUAUAAGCCCAUCGCCAAGAAGUCGGAGCCACAGCCAGGCUCUGUAUGGCAGCCCUCGGGUCAGGGCAAGCUUCCAGCCCAACAGCAGCAGCACCUGCAGGCGCGGACACCGUACAGCAACACGCCGUCGCCUGCCUCCACGGCCACCUCGCCCAUCGGCCUGCCCUGGGUGGCCAAGCCGAAGGUGGACAACAGCGAUUUCCGUCGCAAGGCCCAUCACUUUGAGGAGCGUUCGCUGAGGGACAACCUAGAGCAGCAGCAACAGCAGCAGUCGCCCUAUCCUGUGGGCAGCUCCAACGGGGGCCAUGGCUACCUGCAGCGUCACAACUCGCUGCGUUCCAAAGGUCCGCCAGCAGCACUCAGCGAAUUCAGGAAACGGCCUUCGCUACCCAAUGCCAUGGAGCCCGGAACUGUGGCGGGAGCGGGACAGCUGUAUCAGCCACCGCCACCCACCAACAUAUCCUUCACGUACGCCGAUUUUUCGCCAGUGCGCAGCCGCAACCCACAAAACCGACACAACUACCGCAGCCAACCGUGUUUGCCCAGUGCCGUGGAUCAGGCAGAGGCACUGACAAAUCCCCUGGCAGCACCCCUAGUGCUGACCAGCUCAAAUCCCACAUACCUGCCAGGGGCAGGUGCAGGCGCAGGAUCAGGGGGAUCAGCGAGUCGAAGAUUUGACUAUGUGACGAGCCCCGUGGAUGUAGACAACAGUCCGGCCAACAGUCCAACCAGCUUCCAUACCGUACCCAAUGCCCUGACCACGGACAACACGGAUGACGAUCUCGACCUGGACUCGGACACUAACAUGCUGGAGUAUCGGGCCGAGACGAAGGUGAUGCGCAAGCCGCGCAGCCAGACAGCUGUGACCGUGGCCGGACGGAGAACAGCCCACCUAAGCGAUGAUGAGGUUUUCGGUCGCAACUCGAGGGCGGCCAAGUCGCUGCUGUACACCAUGAAGCAGCUGGGUGGCAAUGGCAAUGGAGCACCACCAGGAGCACCUGCUCCGGCGCCAGUUGCACUCCCUAGAAGCAGAGGACAACAACAAUCCCAUACGGCACCCAGUUCCCCGAAGCCGGGGAUAUGUCUAUCGCCGGACGGUCGCCAGUACCAGGCCCCAAUGGUGGAGCCUCUCUUCCCGCAGAUAAGCAGCUUCGAGCCGCAGCGGAAGCCCCAGUAUGCGCCAGUAUCCGCCUCACUGCCAGGCACUCCUACCAGUGUGGCACCUGUGGCUCCUCCUCAGCUGAUCAAUUACCAAGCGAAUCCCACCUACACACCGCCACAGACCCGAUCCGAUGUGGGGGGCGGAGGCGGAGGCUACCUGGGGGAGACGCACACAUCGUACGUGGUCACCUACCCGCUGGACGAGUCCGGGGAUGAACACGAGCACGAGCCGGAGUCAUCCAUGUCCAUGUCGCUCAGCCAGCGAAUGCGUCGCACCUCGGAGCACUCGAAUGCCAGCUCCUCGCUGUCAUUGGGGAGCACCAGCUGGACACCAAAUCCAAUGCACAGCACGGUCCCAGUCGCAGUACCGACCACAGUCGUAUCCGUACCCACACCUGCACCACCGCCAGUCGAUCGCAGCACGAAACCGCAGCUUUUUCCAGUCCAUAAGCCGAUACAGGCGCCGCCCAACAGCGGCAGCAGCCGGCCCCGCUUGAGCACGCGCAGCCACACCAUCCAGGGCGAGGACAUAACCGGAUAUGAGGGAACCAACCAUAACCAGCCCCUGAAGAACCGUGUGAUGUCCCAACAGUCGCUUAGCUCCUCGAUCUCCGUCCGGACACAACAGCAACAACUGCAGCUGCAGCAGCAACAGCAACAGCAACAGAAGGAGCUGCAGCGCCUCAACGAACUGAGGCGAAAGAGUUUGGGCAACGUGCUGGAGCAGCGGGAGACCGCCCAGCGGAUGGCCUACUACGAGCAGCACGAGGAGUAUAAGUCCUCGGCACCGGCGGAUACACCAGACAUAGUUAAGUCGUCGCUGCCGAAGGAGAAUGCACCGCUGCUGAAGAAAUUUGGACCGCCCCAGAGGCACCAUUACGUGCCCAAUGCGUACCAGAGCCCGCAGCUGAAUAAGCAGAGUGGCGCCGGCGCCGGCACCACAACUACAACCUCCGUAAUCACCUCCACCACAGUGGUGCAUCAGCAGCAGCAGCAGAAGCCCAGCAUCGUGGAGACGCCGGCAACGCCACAGCCAAUGUCUCAGGUGCCGCCCGAGGACGAGAUACCCCACAAUAUAGUGUUCAACAAUGUGAGUGCCUUCAGCUCCAUGAGCCGCCGCAGCCAGGACGAGGAUGUCCAACAGCUGCAGCAGCAGCAGGGCUCAGCCGGAUCCCGCAUCAAUCGCCUGAGCAAGUGCGACUCCUGGAACCAGAUCUGCCAGCAGCAACAGGGCGGACUGGGACUGAGUCAGGGCCAGCCCAAGUACAGCCAGCCACUCGCCACGGGACCCGGGGAGCUCCGGCGCUGCAAGUCCGGCCACUCCCUGGCCGUGCCGAAGCUCUACGAGGCGGGUAUCGAUAAGGCCCAGGUCAGCGAAAAGCAGCGCACAGUGGCUGCCUACUUCUCCGGACAGAAGUCGCCCACGGGUGGGCAGGUAGAGGAGCUGCGCACAACAAUGACAACCACCUCCACGAGCAGCUCGUCUGCCGCCAGUCGGAGGACCGCCAUCAAUCGGACAAAGACCAGCGAGAAGCUGUCGGCGGCGGCCCGCAAGUCGCUCAGCUCGCUGACCAGCACCUCCAAUGGUAACGUGUCCACCGCUGGACUGGGACUGGGUCGCGGCAAUGCUGGUGGUGUGGCUGCUUACGGCGGCGGCGGUGGUGGGCUCAGUCGCAGUGCCACCAUGCCGCACAUAGCGAAUCUCAAUCUUCUGGACGAGAGCAAUGUGGAGGAUGCCUUCGAGCAGCUGAUGAUGGGGCAGAACAGGCAGCAGAGCUCCACCACCAGCGAACAGCGCAGCGAGACCAAGUCGAAGGAUGGCGUCACCACAACAACCACAAAAGUUACCACGCGCACGGUGAGCGGCAGCGCUGCCUCGAAGAACAUUUCGCCCUUGGCCAAAUUCAAGCAACUUGAUAAGCAGGCGGCCGCCCAACAAGCCCAAAAAUCAUCUCCAACAACAAGCACACCCACGACCCCCGGCGGCGGUUCGUCACAGCCGCUGUUCAAAUUUACCGAUCCGGCAUUAAAUGCGCGCGCUGCCACUGUCAAGGAUCAGCUUCUGCAGUGGUGUCAGCACAAAACGCAGGAAUACGAGAACGUUCAAAUAAGCAACUUUAGCUCGAGCUGGUCAGACGGCUUGGCCUUUUGUGCGCUAAUCCACCAUUUCUUGCCAGAUGCUUUUGACUACAGUACACUAACCAAACAGACGCGCAGACACAACUUUGAGGUGGCCUUCAGUGUUGCUGACGAGAAGGCGGGCAUAGCGCCGCUGCUGGAUGUGGAGGAUAUGGUGGAGAUGAGCCGCCCCGAUUGGAAGUGCGUUUUUGUCUAUGUCCAGAGCAUAUAUCGUCGUUUCCGCAAUUGCCAGUGAGCAGCAGCAGCAUCAGCAUCGCAGCGCCCUCAAAGAAGCAGCAAGGAAGUAAAGGUCACAGCAGUCAACUCAACAACUCUCAAUAGAAAGAGCAACAGCAAACCACUCAUUAAAUUUUAAGCAGUUUCCUCCUGCCCACAAACGAGACCAUCACACAACUGAGCAUUUCACCCACUCGCAACCCAAGGACCGCACCACACAACCACUUGACACCCAAUCUAACUGUAAAACGGAACCGCAAAUGGCAGCGCAGGCUCGUCUAACGUGAACCAGCAACUUGUACGUUUUUUUUUUGUUUGUUUAAUUUUUUACUAUUAUUAUUAUUACUAUUACACAUUAUUAUUUGUUAUCGAACGCGCAGCAGAAACUAUGCAAUAAUUGUUGAUUUAUUUCUUUGUCAUAAUUUUAAUUGUAAAAUCGGAGAAGAAGAAGCAGAAGCAACGCGAAGAUCUUCUCAGAACGAGAUCUUCGGCUACUAACCUUUAUGAAUUACUACUGUAAUAAUAAACAUAUUCUAUGUAACUUCA